UCUACCAACCACUACAACAGUGUUUCCAGAAACAACAACCAGUGUUUCUGUUACUACUUCAAACCUCAUAUCUGGUUCAGCAGUGGUCACAAGCAAGCUGGUUUUCAACUCCUCAUCUCCAGUCCCCAGUGAAUCUCUGGUCCUCAAUGCAAUCAAAACUCUGCGUAAUUCCAGAGAGUCACAGCUCAAUGAAUCGGUGAAGGUGGUGAAUGUCACCUAUGAGAAAAUCUCAGAAACCUCCUAUGUCGUCAUCUUCGACUUUAGUCUGAGUAAUAUCAGCAUGCCAGAGGAACCUGAUCUAAGAAACAACAGUUAUGUUCAAGUACAAGAUGUCAUCAAUAAUGCGCUGAACACUCUUCUGAAUGAACCUGGCAGUCUAACUUUACAACCCAAGACCUCCAACUUCACGAGCAAUUCAAGUCUGAUUGAAGGCAGGAUGGAAUACAACUUCCAGGAUGGAGAUGUCAUACAACCAGUCAGCUUCCUAAAUAUGCUACAUUUACGGACCACUACAACAUUGUUUCCGGAAACAACAUUUUUUUUCUCUGUGACUCCUUCCAAACUCAUAUCUGGUUCAGCAGUGGUCACAAGCAAGCUGGUGUUCAACACCUCAUCUCCAGUUCCCAGUGAAUCUCUGGUCCUCAGUGCAAUCAAAACUCUGCGUAAUUCCAGAGAGUCACAGCUCAAUGAAUCGGUGAAGGUGGUGAAUGUCACCUAUGAGAAAAUCUCAGAAACCUCCUAUGCUGUGGUCUUUACAUUUAACGUGAUUAACAUCACCAUGCCAGAGGAACCUAAGUCUAGAGACAACACCAACCAGAAAGUGCAGGAUACCAUCAAUAAUGCGCUGAAUACUCUUCUGAAUGAACCUGGAAGUCCAACUUUACAACCAAAGUCCUCCAACUUCACUAGCACUUCAAACCAGAUUGAUGGCAGGAUGGAAUACACCUUCCAGGAUGGAGAUGUCAUACAACCAGUCAGCUUCCUCAAUGAGCUACGUCUACCAACCACUACAACAGUGUUUCCAGAAACAACAACCAGUGUUUCUGUUACUACUUCAAACCUCAUAUCUGGUUCAGCAGUGGUCACAAGCAAGCUGGUGUUCAACUCCUCAUCUCCAGUCCCCAGUGAAUCUCUGGUCCUCAAUGCAAUCAAAACUCUGCGUAAUUCCAGAGAGUCAAAGCUCAAUGAAUCGGUGAAGGUGGUGAAUGUCACCUAUGAGAAAAUCUCAGAAACCUCCUAUGCUGUGGUCUUUACAUUGAACGUGAUUAACAUCAGCAUGCCAGAGGACCCUGUGUCUAGAGGCAACACCAACCAGAAAGUGCAGGAUACCAUCAAUAAUGCGCUGAACACUCUUCUGAAUGAACCUGGAAGUCCAACUUUACAACCAAAGUCCUCCAACUUCACAAGCACUUCAAACCAGAUUGAUGGCAGGAUGGAAUACACCUUCCAGGACGGAGAUGUCAUACAACCAGUCAGCUUCCUCAAUGAGCUACGUCUAUCAACCACUACAACAGUGUUUCCCGAAACAACAACCAGUGUUUCUGUUACUGCUCCCAACCUCAUAUCUGGUUCAGCAGUGGUCACAAGCAAGCUGGUGUUCAACUCCUCAUCUCCAGUCCCCAGUGAAUCUCUUGUCCUCAAUGCAAUCAAAACUCUGCGUAAUUCCAGAGAGUCACAGCUCAAUGAAUCGGUGAAGGUGGUGAAUGUCACCUAUGAGAAAAUCUCAGAAACCUCCUAUGCUGUGGUCUUUACAUUUAACGUGAUUAACAUCAGCAUGCCAGAGGACCCUGUGUCUAGAAGCAACACCAACCAGAAAGUGCAGGAUACCAUCAAUAAUGCGCUGAGCACUCUUCUGAAUGAACCUGGAAGUCCAAAUUUACAACCCAAGUCAUCAAACUUCACUAGCACUUCAAACCAGAUUGAUGGCAGGAUGGAAUACACCUUCCAGGAUGGAGAUGUCAUACAACCAGUCAGCUUCCUCAAUGAGCUACGUCUACCAACCACUACAACAGUGUUUCCAGAAACAACAACCAGUGUUUCUGUUACUACUUCAAACCUCAUAUCUGGUUCAGCAGUGGUCACAAGCAAGCUGGUGUUCAACUCCUCAUCUCCAGUCCCCAGUGAAUCUCUGGUCCUCAGUGCAAUCAAAACUCUGCGUAAUUCCAGAGAGUCACAGCUCAAUGAAUCGGUGAAGGUGGUGAAUGUCACCUAUGAGAAAAUCUCAGAAACCUCCUAUGCUGUGGUCUUUACAUUUAACGUGAUUAACAUCAGCAUGCCAGAGGACCCUGUGUCUAGAGGCAACACCAACCAGAAAGUGCAGGAUACCAUCAAUAAUGCGCUGAACACUCUUCUGAAUGAACCUGGAAAUCCAACUUUACAACCAAAGUCCUCCAACUUCACAAGCACUUCAAACCAGAUUGAUGGCAGGAUGGAAUACAGCUUCCAGGAUGGAGAUGUCAUACAACCAGUCAGCUUCCUCAAUGAGCUACGUCUACCAACCACUACAACAGUGUUUCCGGAAGCAACAACCAGUGUUUCUGUUACUACUCCCAAACUCAUAUCUGGUUCAGCAGUGGUCACAAGCAAGCUGGUGUUCAACGCCUCAUCUACAGUUCCCAGUGAAUCUCUGGUCCUCAAUGCAAUCAAAACUCUGCGUAAUUCCAGAGAGUCACAGCUCAAUGAAUCGGUGAAGGUGGUGAAUGUCACCUAUGAGAAGAUCUCAGAAACCUCCUAUGCUGUGGUCUUUACAUUUAACGUGAUUAACAUCAGCAUGCCAGAGGACCCUGUGUCUAGAGGCAACACCAACCAGAAAGUGCAGGAUACCAUCAAUAAUGCGCUGAACACUCUUCUGAAUGAACCUGGAAGUCCAACUUUACAACCAAAUUCCUCCAACUUCACUAGCACUUCAAACCAGAUUGAUGGCAGGAUGGAAUACAGCUUCCAGGAUGGAGAUGUCAUACAACCAGUCAGCUUCCUCAAUGAGCUACGUCUACCAACCACUACAACAGUGUUUCCAGAAACAACAACCAGUGUUUCUUUUACUGCUCCCAACCUCAUAUCUGGUUCAGCAGUGGUCACAAGCAAGCUGGUGUUCAACUCCUCAUCCCCAGUUCCCAGUGAAUCUCUGGUCCUCAAUGCAAUCAAAACUCUGCGUAAUUCCAGAGAGUCACAGCUCAAUGAAUCGGUGAAGGUGGUGAAUGUCACCUAUGAGAAAAUCUCAGAAACCUCCUAUGCUGUGGUCUUUACAUUUAACGUGAUUAACAUCAGCAUGCCACAGGACCCUGUGUCUAGAGGCAACACCAACCAGAAAGUGCAGGAUACUAUCAAUAAUGCGCUGAACACUCUUCUGAAUGAACCUGGAAGUCCAACUUUACAACCAAAGUCCUCCAACUUCACAAGCACUUCAAACCAGAUUGAUGGCAGGAUGGAAUACACCUUCCAGGAUGGAGAUGUCAUACAACCAGUCAGCUUCCUCAAUGAGCUACGUCUACCAACCACUACAACAGUGUUUCCCGAAACAACAUUUGGUUUCUCUCUGACUCCUUCAAACCUCAUAUCUGGUUCAGCAGUGGUCACAAGCAAGCUGGUGUUCAACUCCUCAUCUCCAGUCCCCAGUGAAUCUCUGGUCCUCAAUUCAAUCAAAACUCUGCGUAAUUCAAGAGAGUCACAGCUCAAUGAAUCGGUGAAGGUGGUGAAUGUCACCUAUGAGAAAAUCUCAGAAACCUCCUAUGCUGUGGUCUUUACAUUUAACGUGAUUAACAUCAGCAUGCCAGAGGACCCUGUGUCUAGAGGCAACACCAACCAGAAAGUGCAGGAUACCAUCAAUAAUGCGCUAAACACUCUUCUGAAUGAACCUGGAAGUCCAACUUUACAACCAAAGUCCUCCAACUUCAUAAGCAUUUCAAACCAGAUUGAUGGCAGGAUGGAAUACAGCUUCCAGGAUGGAGAUGUCAUACAACCAGUCAGCUUCCUCAAUGAGCUACGUCUACCAACCACUACAACAGUGUUUCCAGAAACAACAACCAGUGUUUCUGUUACUACUCCAAACCUCAUAUCUGGUUCAGCAGUGGUCACAAGCAAGCUGGUGUUCAACUCCUCAUCUCCAGUCCCCAGUGAAUCUCUAGUCCUCAAUGCAAUCAAAACUCUGCGUAAUUCCAGAGAGUCACAGCUCAAUGAAUUGGUGAAGGUGGUGAAUGUCACCUAUGAGAAGAUCUCAGAAACCUCCUAUGCUGUGGUCUUUACCUUUGACGUGAUUAACAUCAGCAUGCCAGAGGACCCUGUGUCUAGAGGCAACACCAACCAGAAAGUGCAGGAUACUAUCAAUAAUGCGGUAAACUUCAAAAAUGAACAGUGUAAUACAUCUUAG